CAUUCUCUUAGAGUGGCUCUAUGCAGCUGGCGCAGUAGAGGGAGCCUGGACUCCAAUGGAGGAGGCUGGGAGCUCAGGUCUCUGCUGCAUUUGGAGGAUCCCGGGCUGCAGCCCUUGUGUGAAGUUCCCAGAACACACUCGGCUGCCGCUCUGCGCUGUCAAUUGUGGGUGAGCCAGGACAACAACAAGGAGAGCGAUCCCAUUUUGCCUUCUAAGAGAAAGGGCUGAGAAAUGAGCCGCCUAAGGAAUCUGGCAAGGAGAGGAGUGAAAGGCAGAUUCCUGCCAGCAGCUAAGUUGUAAAAUUGCUUUGGAGGCUACCCAGGGAGCGCGAUAGAAUUGAUAAGAGCAGCGCAAGCCGGGUUCCUGAGCAAAGGCAUGCCCGGCUGCACUUGAGUCGGGGCGCAGGAACGCUGCCUGCGCCUCCUGCAACUAUCUGUGGCUGGAAUAAAGGAAAAGAGCCUAGGAACACAAUUGCAAGGGGGAUUCCUGAAAGGAAAAUACAUCUACCCCCAAAGGAGGGGAGCAACAACCCAGCUGGCCUGUGUGCAUUUUUAGAAGGAGAAUCCCUCAGACACAUCAUGAAGUUACAUGGAUGUGAAAGAGUUAUGAAAUCUCCCUUCCAGAAAGGUGGAGGACCUGGGCUGGUGGAGUCCACAGACCCUUGACCUUCCAGGAAGCAACAUCCGCUUUCCUGCUCCUUCUGGUGAUUGAUGACACUGGAGAACAGCGAUGCUGGCCUUGGGUUUACAGACCACCAUCCCAGUGCCUUGUUCACGUCCUUGGAUUAGAAAAGCUCACACUCAUUGCUCUCCAUGGUGGCCAGUCUCUUUAAGAGCUUGAUUUUAGCUUAUAUACAUAAGCUUUGCAAAGGAAUGUUUACAAAGAAAUUGGGAAAUACAACCAAAAAGAAAGAGAAUUGUCAGCAGAAAAAAGAUCAAGAUUUUCCAACUGCUGGCCACACCAAACCCCCUAAAUUGUCAAAUGCCCUGAAAAGCACUGUAAAAAAGAUUGCAAAGUGCUCAUCCACCCGUAACUUCUCCAUAGAAGACGAAGAAGGUCACAAAGACUUCUCCCUGUCACCCACAUUCAGUUACCGAGUUGCUAUCGCCAAUGGCCUGCAAACAGCUGUGACUAACAGUGAUGAGGACCUGCUUCAGGAGCUGUCUUCCAUCGAGAGCUCAUACUCUGAAUCUUUCAAUGAGCUAAGGAGCAGCGCGGAAAACCAGGUUCAGUCAACACACACCAUGCCUGUCAGACGUAACAGGAAGAGCUCGAGCAGCUUGGCACCCUCCGAGGGCAGCUCAGAUGGGGAGCGCACCCUCCACACCUUAAAACUGGGUGCUCUGCGGAAACUGAGGAAAUGGAAGAAGAGCCAAGAGUGCGUCUCCUCAGACUCAGAGUUGAGCACCGUGAAGAAAACCUGGGGCAUAAGAAGCAAAUCUUUAGAUAGAACUGCUCGGAACCCAAAGACAAAUGUCUUGGAGCCAGGGUUCAGCUCCUCUGGCUGCAUUAGCCAAACCCAUGAUGUCAUGGAAAUGAUCUUUAAAGAGCUUCAGGGUAUAAGUCAGAUUGAAACAGAACUUUCCGAACUCCGAGGGCAUGUGAAUGCUCUCAAGUACUCUAUCGAUGAGAUCUCCAGCAGUGUGGAGGUAGUCCAGAGUGAGAUUGAACAGCUUCGGACAGGCUUUGUCCAGGCUCGCAGGGAAACUAGAGACAUCCAUGAUUACAUUAAACACUUGGGUCACAUGGGGAGUAAGGUAAGCCUGAGAUUUUUAAAUGUGCCUGAAGAAAGACACGAAUAUGUGGAAAGUGUGGUGUACCAAAUUCUUGUAGAUAAAAUGGGUUUCUCUGAUGUCCCAAAUGCUAUUAAAAUUGAAUUUGCUCAGAGGAUAGGGCAGCAAAGGGAUUGCCCAAAUGCAAAACCUCGACCCAUCCUUGUAUACUUUGAAACCCCUCAGCAAAGGGAUUCUGUCUUAAAGAAAUCAUACAAGCUCAAAGGCACAGGCAUCGGGAUCUCCACAGAUAUUCUAACUUACGAUAUCAGAGAACGGAGAGAGAAAGGGGUGUUGCCAUCUUCCCAGACAUAUGAAAGCAUGGACAUGAAGUUAUCCACGCCAGAGCCCAAAGCCAAGAAAAAUGCUUGGCUGUCACCCAAUGACAGUGACAGAGAGCUGGAGUCAGACCUCAGCAGAAGCAGCUAUGCUGAUUCUCCAGCAAAGGGAAGUUCUUCUAAGUCCAGCUCAAAGUCACACAGUGCUCGGUCUAAGAACAAAGCAGCUAACAGCAGAACAUCACAGAAGUCAGACUACAAUAAACGGCCCUCCCAACCGCCAGCAUCAAGUACCCCAGAAAAGGAAGCACAUCAGUAUGUGGAGGCCACACCACUCUGGCAUUCACAGAGUGACUUCUUCACUCCUAAACUUAGUCGCUCUGAAUCCGAUUUUUCCAAAUUGUGUCAGUCUUAUUCAGAGGAUUUUUCUGAAAGUCAGUUUUUCUGUCGAACUAAUGGGAGCUCCCUCCUUUCCUCUUCUGACCGGGAACUUUGGCAGAGGAAACAGGAGAGCAUGCCUCCCUUGUACCACAGUCUUCAGGACCAGGGUUUGGAUGAGAAUAUUCCAGCAGUGCCAGGGCAGGGUGAAAUUGAGAAUACAGAAACAAUAGACAGUGGUAUGAGCAAUAGCAUGGUGUGUGCAUCUGGAGACCGAAGCAAUUAUAGUGGUUCCCAGCUCUCACUGCACGAGGACCUGUCUCCAUGGAAGGAGUGGAAUCAAGCAGGGCAAGGAACUGAUGAUGUUGGCUUAGAUUCAUCUACCCAGGAACCUUUUGACUAUGAUACCAACAGUUUGUCUGACCAGCAGCUGGAUAUCUCUAGCAAAGACCUAGAUGACCUUGGCAAGUGCCACAGCGACCUGCAAGAUGACUCUGAAAGCUAUGAUUUAACCCAGGAUGACAAUUCUUCUCCAUGCCCUGGAUUGGAUAACGAACCACAAGGCCAGUGGGUUGGCCAGUAUGAUUCUUAUCAGGAAGCCAAUUCUAAUGACCUGUAUCCCAACCAAAGCCAUCCAUCCAUGAUGUAUCGAAGUCAAAGUGAAUUGCAAAGUGAUGAUUUGGAGGGGGCCCAGCCCAAGUCCUGGCACAGUCGGCUAAGCAUUGACCUUUCUGACAAGACCUUUAAGUUCCCCAAAUUUGGAUCUACUCUUCAGAGGGCAAAGUCAGCCCUGGAAGUGGUGUGGAACAAGAGCACACAGAGUCUCAGUGGAUGUGAAGACAGUGGCUCUUCCUUAAUGGGGAGGUUUCGGACAUUAUCUCAAUCCACUGCAAAUGAGUCAAGUACCACCCUCGACUCUGAUAUCUACACAGAACCCUAUUACUAUAAAGCUGAGGAAGAGGAGGACUACUGCGAACCAGUGGCUGACAGUGAGACAGAUUAUGUUGAAGUGAUGGAGCAGGUCCUGGCUAAGCUAGAAAACAGGACUAGUAUCACUGAAGUAGAUGAACACAUUAAAGACUAUGACCACCCUUCCUAUGAAACUCCUUAUGAGACCCCACAAGAUGAGGGCUAUGAUGGGCAGGCUGAUGACAUCAUUAGUGAAGGAGAACUGGAAGCCUUAAAUGAACCAGCAGUGGAAAUGGAAUUAGCAGAGGAUGACAACCAAAACCUCCCUGUAGAGCCACCAGAGGUCAUGAAGCCAAAGAGAAUCCGACCUUCCUUCAAAGAGGCAGCUCUAAGGGCCUAUAAGAAGCAGAUGGCAGAACUGGAAGAGAAGAUCCUGGCUGGAGAUAGCAGCUCUGUGGAUGAAAAGGCUCGGAUAGUAAGUGGCAAUGAUUUGGAUGCUUCCAAAUUCUCCGCACUCCAGGUGUUCAGUGGGGCUGGCCGUGGACUGUAUGGUAUAGAUAGCAUGCCUGAUCUCCGCAGGAAAAAGACAUUACCUAUUGUGCGGGAUGUGGCCAUGACCCUGGCUGCCCGGAAAUCUGGUCUCUCCCUUGCUAUGGUUAUCAGGACAUCACUGAACAAUGAGGAGCUGAAAAUGCAUGUCUUCAGGAAGACCUUGCAGGCAUUGAUCUACCCCAUUUCUUCCACCACUCCUCACAACUUCGAGGUCUGGACGGCUACCACUCCCACCUACUGCUAUGAAUGUGAGGGGCUCCUGUGGGGCAUUGCAAGGCAAGGCAUGAAGUGCCUGGAGUGUGGGGUGAAAUGCCACGAGAAGUGUCAGGACCUGCUCAAUGCCGACUGUCUGCAGCGAGCAGCAGAGAAGAGCUCCAAGCACGGUGCGGAGGACAAGACGCAGACAAUCAUCACAGCCAUGAAAGAAAGAAUGAAGAUCAGGGAGAGAAACAGGCCAGAGGUGUUUGAAGUCAUUCAGGAAAUGUUCCAGAUCUCCAAAGAAGAUUUUGUGCAGUACACAAAGGCUGCUAAGCAGAGUGUGCUGGAUGGGACAUCUAAGUGGUCAGCAAAAAUAACCAUUACAGUGGUUUCUGCACAAGGCUUGCAGGCAAAAGACAAAACAGGGUCCAGUGACCCAUAUGUGACAGUUCAAGUUGGCAAGAAUAAAAGAAGAACAAAAACUAUCUUUGGAAACUUGAAUCCAGUGUGGGAUGAGAAGUUCUACUUUGAGUGCCAUAACUCAACAGAUCGAAUCAAGGUCAGAGUAUGGGAUGAAGAUGACGACAUUAAAUCCAGAGUUAAGCAGCACUUCAAGAAGGAGUCGGAUGACUUUCUGGGACAGACAAUUGUGGAAGUCAGAACUCUGAGUGGCGAGAUGGAUGUCUGGUACAACUUAGAGAAACGGACAGAUAAGUCAGCUGUGUCUGGGGCCAUCCGACUAAAAAUCAAUGUGGAAAUAAAAGGAGAAGAGAAGGUUGCACCAUACCAUAUACAAUACACUUGCUUGCAUGAGAACCUGUUCCAUUACCUGACGGAAGUGAAGUCUAAUGGCAUCGUGAAAAUACCAGAGGUCAAAGGCGAUGAAGCCUGGAAGGUUUUCUUUGACGAUGCUUCUCAAGAAAUAGUGGAUGAAUUUGCCAUACGCUAUGGGGUUGAGUCCAUUUAUCAAGCUAUGACGCACUUUUCAUGUCUGUCUUCUAAGUACAUGUGCCCCGGUGUCCCUGCAGUCAUGAGCGCCCUGCUGGCGAACAUCAAUGCCUUCUAUGCUCAUACGACUGUCUCCACUAAUGUGCAGGUAUCUGCCUCUGAUCGUUUUGCUGCUACAAACUUUGGGAGGGAAAAAUUCAUAAAACUACUGGACCAGCUGCAUAACUCCCUAAGGAUUGACCUGUCAAAGUACAGGGAAAACUUUCCAGCCAGCAACAGUGAGAGACUACAGGACCUAAAGUCCACUGUGGACCUGCUGACCAGCAUCACCUUCUUCCGGAUGAAGGUCCUGGAGCUGCAGAGUCCCCCAAAGGCCAGUGCAGUGGUGAAGGAUUGUGUCAGGGCUUGUCUGGAUUCCACUUACAAGUAUAUCUUCGACAACUGCCAUGAACUCUAUUCUCAGCUGAUAGACCCGAGCAAGAAGCAAGAUGUUCCUCGAGAAGACCAGGGGCCGACCACCAAGAACCUGGACUUCUGGCCACAGUUGAUUACACUGAUGGUCACUAUUAUUGAUGAGGAUAAAACUGCCUACACUCCUGUUCUCAAUCAGUUUCCGCAAGAACUAAACAUGGGAAAGAUAAGUGCAGAAAUCAUGUGGUCUCUCUUUGCUCUCGAUAUGAAAUAUGCUUUAGAGGAACAUGAGAAGCAACGCUUAUGCAAGAGCACCGAUUAUAUGAAUUUGCAUUUCAAAGUGAAAUGGUUUUAUAAUGAGUAUGUACGAGAACUUCCUGCCUUCAAGGAUGCUGUUCCAGAAUAUUCCCUGUGGUUUGAGCCUUUUGUUAUGCAAUGGCUAGAUGAAAAUGAAGAUGUGUCCAUGGAGUUCCUUCAUGGAGCACUGGGAAGAGACAAAAAAGAUGGAUUCCAGCAGACAUCGGACCAUGCCCUCUUCUCCUGUUCUGUGGUUGAUGUCUUUGCUCAGCUUAACCAGAGCUUUGAGAUCAUUAAGAAACUGGAAUGCCCCAAUCCUGAAGCCUUAUCACACUUAAUGAGACGAUUUGCAAAGACCAUCAAUAAGGUUCUGGUCCAGUAUGCUGCGAUCGUAUCAAGUGACUUCAGUUCAUACUGCGAUAAGGAGACAGUGCCUUGCAUAUUGAUGAACAACAUCCAGCAACUGCGGGUCCAGCUGGAAAAAAUGUUUGAAUCCAUGGGCGGGAAAGAGCUAGACCCUGAAGCUAGCACUAUUCUGAAAGAACUUCAGAUCAAACUCAACGGGGUUCUGGAUGCGCUCAGCAUCACUUACGGAGAAAGCUUCCAACUUGUAAUUGAAGAGUGUAUAAAGCAGAUGGGUGCUGAGCUAAAUCAAAUGCGAGCAAAUGGGAACAAUACAGCGAAUAAGAACAGCACAGCAAUGGAUGCAGAGAUUGUGCUAAGGCCGCUCAUGGACUUCUUGGAUAAGACGUUAAGUCUUUCAGCAAAAAUCUGUGAGAAAACGGUCCUGAAGAGAGUUCUGAAAGAGCUCUGGAAACUGGUUCUUAACAAGAUAGAGAAACAGAUUGUUCUUCCUCCACUGACAGACCAAACAGGACCUCAGAUGAUCUUCAUUGCAGCUAAAGAUCUCGGACAGCUAUCCAAACUGAAGGAGCACAUGAUUCGAGAAGAUGCCAAGGGUCUGACACCAAGACAAUGUGCAAUAAUGGAGGUGGUGUUGGCCACUAUAAAGCAAUAUUUUCAUGCAGGAGGAAAUGGCCUGAAGAAGAAUUUUCUGGAGAAAAGCCCAGAUCUUCAUUCUCUGAGAUAUGCUCUCAGCCUCUACACGCAAACUACUGAUGCUUUGAUCAAGAAGUUCAUAGAGACACAGGGCUCACAGAGUCGUUCCUCCAAAGAUGCUGUAGGACAGAUCUCUGUCCAUGUGGAUGUCACCACCACCCCAGGGACUGGAGAGCAUAAAGUCACUGUAAAAGUGAUUGCGAUCAAUGACCUAAACUGGCAGACCACCGCCAUGUUCCGCCCCUUUGUGGAAGUGUGCAUGCUGGGACCCAGCCUGGGGGACAAGAAGAGAAAACAAGGAACAAAGACAAAAAGCAACACAUGGUCACCGAAGUACAACGAAACCUUCCAGUUCAUUCUGGGUAACGAAAACCGCCCAGGAGCCUAUGAACUUCACCUCUCGGUUAAGGACUACUGCUUUGCCCGAGAAGAUCGAAUAAUUGGGAUGACAGUCAUUCAGUUACAGAACAUAGCAGAGAAAGGGAGCUACGGGGCAUGGUACCCUCUUUUGAAAAAUCUCUCUAUGGAUGAAACUGGUUUAACCAUCCUUAGAAUACUCUCUCAGAGGACAAGUGACGAUGUCGCUAAAGAGUUUGUGAGACUUAAGUCUGAAACAAGGUCUAUUGAAGAGAGUGCCUGAAACAAAGACUUCCAAAUGUUGUCUUUGAGAAUUCAUAAACUCCCAUUGUGUGACCCUUACAUGCAUGUGAAAAUACAUGGGAAUGUUUAAACCCACUGCGUUUUUUGAUGUUUGCCAGUACUCAACCACAAUGUCUACAACGUAUGUGAAAAACUUUUAUACCAGUUCUGGUCUUUGAGAAAUAAAUGUUCCAUGAAGUGCCAAAAUUAUGAUGUAAAGUGAAAUAUCAAGACUAUCUUUUACAAUGUAAUGUUCUUCUCAUUACCACUUUCUCCUCCAUGAAGAAAACUAAAACAACCUUCUUGAGUUUGUCCAUUGGUUGUCCUUGUUAGAUUCAUUUAAAGUGACCUAUCAGAAAGCAUCUUUGACCGAACUUCUGUUCUGUUUAGCCUUAUCUUAUUGUAGACACCCUGCAGAUCCAGUUUUCUACCACACCUAGAAAUGCAGCAACUUCUAGAAAGUUUGUAAUUUUAUAGUUGCAGAUAUAUUGUGAUGAUUUUUGCAUACAAAUUACAAUAGAAAAGGUGGGAAAUAUUUUAUGCUGACAAGUUCCUAACCUUUCUAAAAUAUCACUGUGAAGAAAUGCUUUCAAAGCAAACUUACACAAAGCAAUGCUGAAUAGUUUGUUAAUGUUUAAUAUAUUGAUGAAACUGUGUUCUUUAAAACUGCCAAGCCCCCCCUCCCCAUCACAUUUGUAAUUUUAAAAAAAGAAAAGAAAAAAUGGUGACCUGAUGCAUUUGCCAUGUAGCAUUAUGUCUCAGCUUUACCCUACUUCAUUCUUUGGAAAGUCAUAGAAUGCAAGAACUGUUUAACUUUCCUGCGAUAAGUAACUUUUUGGAAGGAAAAUAAUAACAAUAUACUUAUGACUACUUAACUCUACAACCAGAUGUUUCUUUAAAAAAUAUCCAAUGUUUAUGCUGAAUGCAGCACUACUAUAGAUUGCAGAAAACCAAAAAGUCACAACUUCAUAUAUAUUUAGGAGGGAAAGAUGUAAAAUAAAUUCAAAGUAAAUGGCUCAUGAUUUUGUAACUCGUGUUCUUUAUAUGCCCCAAAUGUAACUUGGUUACAGAUACGUGCAUUGUCUAGAUUUUGUUUAGGAUUUGACUUUCCAGAGUCUAUAUCUAAAUAUUUGGCUGCAGAACAUCAUUUUGUCAUUGUAACUUACAGCCAUAGCUGUGAGGAGAUUCCCCAUGUGCCCAGGAUCAAGAAGUUGUUCCACUGACUGUUAUGUAAACAUGUUGGUCUAGUAUGUGAGGAGCAGAAGUGAUUUAGUGCCAUCUCUCUCAACCAUUCUGCUUCUGAGUCUGAAAACACACAAGCUGGUGAGAUUGGCUAAUUUGUGUUCAAAUCUUAGGCGACUGCUUUGUUAAUGACUUUUCCAAAUGCCUCGUAUGAUGCAAUCGCUGACAUAUGCAUUAAUAAAUGGAUGUGUAUUGAGCUCAUGCAACAA